AUGUCCGGCUUUAGUUUCGGGUUUUCCGGCGACGACAUCGAUAUCGAUGACUCGGAGCUCAAUGCCAUUGACGAGGGCGACGCCUCUCUUCCUCAAGACAACCAGAAUGAGCUUCCCCCUCUCGUGGAAGCUAGAAAGCACGACAUGAAAGAAUGGGUCUCGACUCUUCCAUCCCAAAUAUCAUACAACCGGUUGGAAUUGAACGGCUUGCCAAAUCAGCCCCAAGGGAAAGCCCUCACGAUUGCUCGCCGUGAGGUAUUCGAUAUCCGCACGCAACUCAUGGCAGAGGACACCGCCGACCAUGAGAAUGAGCAACUGAUUGCUGGCCUUGAGAAAGGUGACAUCAAGCCGCAGUUCUAUGAAGGUGGUUUCAAGACGUGGGAAUGUGCCCUGGAUCUAGCGAAGUUAGUUAUCAGUGACGAUCGUCUAUCCGCUACCGCUGGGGACUCAUCAGAAGACCGCCAUAUCAUAGAGCUGGGUGCUGGAACUGCUGUGCCGUCCUUGGCCCUGUUUGCGCAGCUGCUUUGCGAUUCCAAACCCUCGGACUCCCAACGACAAUGGCAUUUUACAUUCGCAGAUUACAACUCUGCGGUUCUUCGUCUGGUCACAUUGCCGAACCUGCUCUUGACAUGGAAUCACAUCGUCAGAUCUCAGGGUCCCUCGUUGGUCGAGACCUCCGAAGACAACCAACCAGAGGAAGAGGAAGAACUGGACAUCACGCCAGAGCUCAUCGAAAGCUUCCAAAAUUACCUGGCUGGCCGAGGCAUUACGAUUGAGUUUAUCUCUGGCGCAUGGUCCCCUGCCUUUGUUGACCUUGUUCUGUCUUCCCCCGGGAAGGCGAACAGUAGAGCCUUGAUACUUGCCAGCGAGACAAUUUACUCGCCGGCGUCGUUGGGCGCUUUCUCGGAGACCCUACUGGCGUUGCUGCGUGCUGUCGAAAGCAACAAACAAAGUAGAGCAUUGAUAGCGGCCAAGAAGGUCUAUUUUGGGGUCGGCGGUGGUGUGGACGAGUUUUUGGAAGUGCUGAAGAGUGUUGGCGGAGGCGAAAUGGAAGUGACGGAGCAGCUGAACAUUAAAUCCGAGGGAGUUGGGCGGGUGGUCUUGGAAAUCGCAACUGGAAGCUCCCAAUAG